AUAAUAUUUAAGAGCAACAAUAUGAGAAACACGAACUUUCGAGGUAAAAGACUACACAUAUCCGUGCACGUGUUAUGUAAUAGUGUAUUACCAUACAUUGCAUCUUUGACCACCGAAUUUUCCUUAUAUAUAAUAGUUUCUCUCAAGAACGUAACAAAGGUAUCCAAUUCGAACAGAAAGGGGAAAAAAAUGAUGAAAAGGUGCGAAUUGGUGUUUGAAGAAGCAAGAAGAGGAGGGUGCAAGGAGCACCCAUAUGAUAAGCAAUCACCAGGUGUUUGCUCCUCUUGCUUAAGGGAAAAGCUCUCUCAGCUAUACAACACAAACCCUAUUAUUGAUCCUCGUUGUUUUUCUCCAGCUUCUUCGCCUGCUUCUCCUCAUCAAUCUUUUUCUUCUUCGAAACACGGCUCCUCCGGUCACCGGAGGCCGCGCUUCCGGAGGAACGCUUCGCACGUGGCGGAAUCUGCCUCGUGCAUGCUGAGCUUGAACUUGAAGAAGAGCAAGUCGCUGGCGUUUGCUUCGAGGCACAGGGAUGUGAUGAUGAGUGGAAGGAAGAAAGAUGGGUUUUGGACAAAGGUGCUCAAACUCAAGAGAAAUGAUGAGUUCUAGGGCCUAAGGGUUCGUUUGUUUUUCUUUUCCAUGAUCCCAAAUUAAAGGUGAUCCAUGUGUUUAGCUAGCUGUAUCAUAAUUCAUAAUUGAAGGAUGUUUCUAUUGGGGUUCUUUUCAGGAAUUUCAGACUUCAUUGUUGUAUUCCAAUUAUGAUAAUGAUGUAUGUAUUAUUGGAAGAUUUAUUUAAUAGAUAGAUUUUUUUAACAAAUAUUUUUUUA